AUGAAUGAGACAAGUCCAAGCAUCACCAGAACGCUCCAUCAUCAUCAAGGUGAUGCUGCCUCCUCUCUUCCUCCGAGUUCAAGAAACCGGGAUAAUCAUGAUAGAAACAAUACUUCAUCACCUCUGAAAAGAACUAGUAAAAUGGAGUUUAAAAAACAAACUAAAAGAGAAGCCUCAAAUUUGAGCAGCAAUCAUCGCUCUCGGAGUUUGAAUAAUCCUACGAUUCAAUCAUCAUCUACUUCAUCCACCACUACUACACCAGAAAGAAGGACCACUCGGAUUUUAACCUUUGGUUUUCCAUUUUCUGGACAACCUGACAUUGUGAGGUCUUUACAAAAAGAUGACUUUUAUACCAACCAUGUAAUAUUUAAUAAUUUAAAAGAUUUAUCCUCGUGGUAUUUUGGACAAAGAUUCACCAUACGAUUUGAAAAAGAGAUUCAACUACUCGGAAAUUUAAUUUACUAUGCAACUACUACCUGUACAGAACAACCAACUCUCGGAGAAGAAUAUUGUGAUUUAUUGCAGGUGCAACUCAAAGAAAAAUUGAAAAAUAAUUUACUCCCCUCAAAAUCGUCUAAAUUGGGUGCACAAAACGCAAAAACCUUGUACAUUGUUAAAUCAUCCUUGCAGAGCCGUUUGAUGUUUGUACUAUAUGAAUUAAUAGUUCCUUAUUUGUUUGAUAGAGGAUUAUCUCACUGGCUUACACAUUAUUUAACACAUUCAACCACCAACAUUUCGAGUGAUGUGAGAUAUUAUAUUUCAAUUUUGAAAGAAUUUGUGCAAUUCUUACUUCGAUUUAAUUUAGCAGCUUUCUACGUGAAUGGAAAAUAUCUUCAACUUUCGAAAAGAAUUGCUGGAAUUCGAUAUAUUUAUACGGGCAGGUCAGAUGGUGACUCUUAUAGUAGACCCAACUUUAUCAUUCUCUCACUUCUCAUCAUGUUGCAACAAGUCAUAUCUGCGGCACUCUUUAUCAAAUCCCUCAUCUCACAAUGCUUGAUCAAUCGAAAGAACAAACAAUCAAAAAACGACGUCAAAUCAUCCUCGGAAGGUAACAAACCUCAUCAAGUUAUUCUCAAUGGGGUUGUCUACACAGAGAAGAAUCUGGAAGGAAGAACAGACACAGAAUUUAAAUGCUCACUUUGUUUGGAGAGACGAGUGAAAACAACAGCCACUCCAUGUGGACAUUUAUAUUGCUGGGAUUGCAUUACAGAAUGUGUGGUGAAUAGUAAGGAACCUAAAUGCCCAAUUUGCCGACAAGCUGUCACUCCUCAAUCACUCUCACGACUCUAUUGCUAUGACACGUAUUUGGUCAGAGAAUAG